CUCAAGAGAGGGGUGGUUAGUUGUAGGUGGGUGGGAUAUAAAUACCUGCAGUAGACAGGUGCAGCAAAAUGCUGAGGGCAUGACAGACAUUGGCUUACCUGUAUCUGUAGUAGAGAAAAAGAGACAGGGAAAUGCAUUGCAGAGGCCUUCGUGAGAGAAAGCUCGAUAGUUGAGAAACACCUUUGAGCAGACAUAUUACUGACAGAAACCGGAAGCUCAUCGCUAUUCAUCUUUGAGUUGUGGCUGAAGUGCUGACAUCUAUGUCUCUCAGAGAGAAAAAGGCAACCGUUCACAGUUUUCUACCUGCAAAUUCCCAAGUGACUGAAGGAAGAACUGCGCUUGGCUGAAUUGGGAAGAAAAGAAAAAGCGAGGAAGACGGUGCAAGAAGUGAACCAAGACAAGACACGGCUAGAAAAAGAGACAAGGCAGAACAAGAGAAGGCCAAAGAAGACGAGACAAAGACAAAAGGCAAGACAAGCUGAGACAAGACAUAACAAGACACAAGAAAGGAAGGGAAGGGAAGAGAUUUCAAGAAGACGAGAAAAAAAGACACAGGACAAGGAAAGCAACGAUGGGAGGCCAGACCAAUUAAAGCAAGAGAGGGCGAAGCAAAGAAAGGAAACCAGUUAAGGGGUCACGUCAAACUUCUGUGUACCAUUGAGAACAUCCGAGAGAGGCCAGAGAAGAAUGGCAUGCGAGGCAUUCAGCUCCGACUCCUUCACCCAACUUUCAGCCGAUUCACCCUUGCCAAUCCUCAUGCACCACGCCUCUCCCGGUGACUGCCUGUCAGCCAGCUCCCAUACUCACAGCAUGGUUUCUGCAGUAUCAUCUGGACUGUCUCUGGGUCAGCCCGCCAAGCGCUCCCACAUGCAUCUGUCCACAUCCUCGCUCGGCAACGCCCCUCCUGGCCUACAUUACCCAGUUGCCCCCUGUCACUACAGCAACCAGCAGGCCACCUACGGCAUGAUGGCAGCUCAGGAGAUGCUCUCUGCCAGUAUUUCUCAGACUCGUAUCCUGCAGACAUGUGGUGUCCCUCACCCCAACAUGGUAGGCAGUGCAAACUCAUUGCAAGGGUCUCUUACUCCUUGCUUGUACAAGUUUCCGGACCAUGGUCUAAGUAGUGGUUCGUGUGCACUGAGCCAUGGUUUCUCCUCACUGGCACCGACCCUCCUCUCCACUGAUGAGGCCCCCGGGGGCCUGAGUAUUGGAGAGAUGAAAACUGACGGACAGAGGAAGAGCAUGCGAGAGCCAGAAGACGCCCCUGCCAUGGACUCCCCGCAGAUCCGAGAGCUGGAGAUGUUUGCCAAUGACUUUAAAAUACGGAGGAUCAAACUUGGCUACACACAGACUAAUGUAGGCGAGGCUCUUGCUGCAGUGCAUGGCUCAGAGUUCAGCCAGACCACAAUCUGCCGUUUUGAAAAUCUACAGCUGAGCUUCAAGAACGCCUGCAAACUCAAGGCCAUUCUGGCUAAAUGGCUUGAUGAAGCUGAGCUGGCUGGUGCCUUGUACAAUGAUAAAAUAGGGAUGAAUGAGCGGAAGAGGAAAAGGAGAACUACUAUAAGCUUGGGAGCUAAGGAGGCUCUGGAGCGCAGCUUUGUGGAAAAGAGUAAGCCAUCCUCCCAGGAAAUAGCCCGGAUAGCUAAAGGCCUCCAUCUGGAGAAGGAGGUGGUCAGGGUCUGGUUCUGCAACAGACGGCAAAGAGAGAAACGGGUCAAAACCAGCCUCAACCUCAGCUCCUGUUUGACCAAACUCAGCCCACACUGCAUUGUACAGAUGAGUAAAACACAAAGACCAAUGACAUAGUUUAAGAUUCAGCUCGUGUCGCUCCCCUCAAGUCUGAUCGAGACACCUUCAUGACCACAGCCAGUGAAUGUGGGUAAUUUAAAAAUCAAAUGUCUGACAGAAAUCCCUCCACCAUGAAGUGGGAGAAUUAAAUCAACAGCGAACACUCAAUAAUAACAACUGCCCUCACACUGCAUUAAGCAGCCGCUGACGCACUUGAAACUAUUUCAUCGAUUUAACAAUGAGAUGAUUAUGUAUGUCCUGUGAAGGUCUGCCUGACAAAAAAAAAACACGUGAGAACACUCCAACUUUAAGAAAACAUGCAUCAUUGUUUGUAACUUGACUCCAAAGGGACAAAUGUUUUGAUCUAAAGAGACGUCCCUUUUUGCAAUGUGCCGUGGUUUUCUCAAUACCACUUUCAUGUUGUUGUUUUUUUCUUAUUUACAUGGAUAGAAAUAUGUCCACCAUAAAAAAGUAUAGGAAUGCCAAAUAGCAGCUAAGUAAGUCAGUGUUUCCUUUUUUUAAGUUGAUGCUGUGAAGAUAAACGGCUUUCAUUAACCGCACAUGCUCUGCUGGUUUGACGCUGCAGCGACCAUGACCUGACAUUUAGAUCUUCACUGUGCCUUGUUUGAUUUAUGCAUUCUGAAAGUCUAUUAGUUACACAAACCAAAUAUAAUGUACUCUAUCAGCACCAAAGUGCAGGUGAGCACUCAUUUCGAUCAGCCCAGCUGUGCCUUUCUAAAAACAGAUGUUGGCUCAACUUUCGUUCCUUUUUCUAAGAGAGAAUGGAAACUUUGUUGUCAAUGAAAUGUUUUACAUUUGUCUGUAUUUAACUGCAGGACUUUUUGUGUUGUAGUUGUUUUGUGUAUUUGUGAUUAGAGCUGAUGCUCUCUCAUUAAUUAACGGUCUUGUGGAAAAAUUUUUUUUAUUUAAAUUAACAUAGCCAUGCUCAUGAAAAGUAAUAUAUUUAAAGUUUCACAACAUCCUAUUUAUUUAAAUAUAUAUAUUAUUAUUAUGUUGAUCUACUUUGCUCAGUGCAACCUUUGAUUCAUGGUUUGAAUUCAGGGAUAUGUGAAACUUCCUGACAGUUUUGUCAGCAAAUGGAUCUCAGGUCUGCUGUUUCCCUGUUGUAAGAACGAUUUAAUCUUUCAUAUUUGUUGAUGGUAUGCUUUCGCUGUUAGUGCCUUGACAAAGUGUCAUAAAAAGAAGAACAUCAGCCAGUCACGACUCCGACCUGGUUGAGAUGACUGAUGUGAAACGUCUUAUUAAAGUGAAGAAACCAGCAAACACAACUUCCCUGUCAGGCCUUUAUGUUCAGACAUCAGACAUCAUUAAUUGGUGCGUGGAAGCGAUGGAAAGUUGACUCCCACGUUUUUAUAGUGCAGAAAAUGAAGUAGUGCAGAAUGUAUUGUAGAUAUGAAAUGGCUUCUUUUGCGUUUGAUAGGAAAUACCCUGUAAAUAUGUCAAAUACAUAGCUGGUUAGCAAAAAAACGAUACUUGCACUGAGCUAUUGUCUAUCAGUUCCCAGGCAAUGAAAGGUAAAUCAGUUUAAUUAAUUUCUGACAACAAAGGAGAACUGUGUUUUCCCACCGUGUUACAUGUACCAUCUUUCAUUUUUACUAAUGUCAUCAUAUGACCCAAUGAAUACACACAGUACAUUAGGAGAGAGAGUCAGGUUAUAUGUACAGCAUGAACUGUACAAUUCAUGGGUGUGUCACUUGGGAUUCAUAAAUAAAGCUGGGAGACAUCUUAAUUCAGGAAGAAGCUGUUUCCACCGUGAUUCAUGUACAGCUGUCUCACUGGAGUGCUGUCAGGGGAAAUAAACGCAGCAGGGUCAUCGGCUGCCGACACAUUUCUGAGGCACUACGGUGGAAAGUUAUAGGGACGACAUGACGAAUGGGAUGAAACUACUAAGAAGCUUCUUAGUGCUGGUCUCACAGAUGCUCAAAGGCUACUGUUCUUAAAUUGACUCUUGGUACAUUACUUGUUAUGUAUUAAGAAAACCUUGUGACAAUAUAACUUUGUGGUUUUAUUUUUUCAUCAGUUAAUUUGUUUCUUAGUGCAAAUCACACACACUUUCCAUUACAACUAAUGCUUUCGCAGUGACCAUGCUGGUGUUUCUUAUUUAUUUGAAUGCAUCUAUCUACUUCUAUUUCCGUAUGAUAUGAAAACUUAUUAGGAUGCGUUGCAGAUUG